AUGGCAUCUUUCGCUAUUAACUACAUAAGCGGCUGGCCUACUUAUGCGACCAGAAAUCGUGGCCAAACUUUGAUACCGGCCAACCAAGAAACCUCUCUCUGGUCUGUCCAAGCACCAAAUGUCAAUGAAACCCCGACUGGGUCCAUCAAUUGUUGCACUUUUUCCAUGCCGACGGCGCAAGCCCCAAUGAUUCGCAUUGGAAUGGAGGUACAGAUUAACGGUGUUCAAACGGGAACACAGUUCACCAUUAUUGGUACCCUACGAGGCCAUAAUUUUUUGCAAAGCGCAACAAUUACAAUGCCACGAAGUGGGACUGCUAUGCCGGUGGUAAAUUUCCAGGUCUUUGCUGAGGCACAAAGGUUCCCCUGUAGGAUAGCAGGUGAUUGGAGUUGGUCCAUCAACAUCACAGGCGUUCCUCCAAUCAACUUUCCAACGACAACUCGUCUCGAGAUAUGUCUGGUAGCCUCCGCACCACCACAGGGUCCCCUCAAUCCCGGAACCCCUAAUACAAUUGCUCGACCAAACUUUGGUGGAGAAUAUCCUAUUGAUGCAUUUCGUUUAUUUCUUCCUACUCCGGAGGAGCUUACGGGGAUUUUGCAAAACGCGCUCCCUAAUUACUUAGUAAGGUCGAUGUCUGUCAUCUGGAAUCUCGGAUUGGUACUCAAUCCUGAGUUGAAUGCAACCCGUUUGUUUUCUUACGAAACGAUCAACGGCGCUCCGUCAUAUAUCGAUGGAUACCUAGGCGGCCUUUUCCAGCUCCGCCGUUUUACCAGGGGCCUUUUCGACAGUCUCAACUGCUACGAUCUGGCUGGAUUGACGCAGAUUGCUGCAUGCAUAAUCCAAGACAAUCAAGGAAAUGAACUAUUGGAUCCCCGUUGGAUAUAUUGUACUCCAUAUGGUUUUAUCAAUAGCGGACCACUGUUCGGCUGGCCACAGUACCCUGCUUGCAAUUCUCCUUUCUUUGGUCAAGGAAAACUGCCAUAUUACCCUCCUAAUGACCCCCAACGAAAUUCAUUCGGCAAUCAUGCUUGGAUAGAGGUUGUCACUCAAGCAGGCCAGCAACCGGUUGUCCUAGAUGCUACCCAUUGUCUACAAGCUGCGCCGAACGCACCAGCUAGCGGAACACAGGAUCGUCCCACUUAUCUGGCUAGCCAAACGGAUCAUACAAGAGGUCCAUAUGACUGGUUAUACAGUAAGACUAGCCUCUCUUUACAAUAUAUUUUCAGAGUUAACCUCUCCCUAGCUUCGAACCCGGCUUCGCGCACUAGUAUGAUCGGGUUGAACGGGUUUGGCACUACCCCAUUCGCUCUGACUGAGCUCGAGCCUGGUGAAAUCGAUGUAGAGUCCGACCUAGUCAACAACGCACCUUGCGAUCCUGAAAGUCUGCUUCAACUCGUUAAUGGUCUGCUCCCGAAUGCAUCUAUUGAUUUGGACGAUUAUGUUGUCGGUUCGAAAGGCUGCCAGGCACUACUAGUAUUUUGCGGGAUCGCUUCCGACGACGACCGUCUUACCCUAGAGAUUACGAACGCAAGAUCAGAGCGAAUUGCAAUCCACGGGUUCCAGCAUUUACGCGAACAGAUUCUCAAUGGCAUACCUAAGGACUUUAUCCUAGAUUCGAGCGAACUAGGUGAAAAUUCAGUGCGACUUCCAUCCUCAGUCUCUUGGUUGCGCAAUAGCACCCGUAUCAGGAUCAUUGUUCCAGCCAAAUAUUUACAGGAUGACCCGCAAUAUGCCGAACUGCUUCUACAGCUUGCUAAGAGAAUCGACGAUUAUAUUACUUCCAAUGCUGUACCUCCCCAAAAGCAGCACCUUCCAGGGGUAACACUCACGGGGCCCAAGACCGUUACAGUAUCCAUCCACGAUACAUUCUCACUCAACUUAGGCAGUCUCAGAGACAACUUGUCAUAUGCAGAACUAUCUUCAACAGGGAUAGUUCAGUGCCUAGGUCCAAUCUCUGAUGCCGGUGAGUUCAAAUUCUUAGCCAUUGCGCCUGGCGAAGUCGUCAUAAAAUUAUGCAUAGCACACCGGGGGUCUUUAGCGGUCCAGAUACUCUACGUCAAAGCUACGGUGAAAAACAAGGUUGGAUCACAAUCUAAAGCCCUGCUUUUCGGAAAUAAACACACUGUUCAAGCAAAGAAAUGCAGCUCCUCGGAUUUAUAG